AUGGACAAAGCGCUGAAGCGGGGCUUGACCGACCGCAUCUACGAGAAGAGGAAGGCCACGGCGUUGGAGUUGGAACGGAUUGUCUCCGAGGCGCUGAGCAGCAACGAGCAGGAGAAGAUCCAGCUCAUCAUCAAGCAGCUACGGAACGAGUUUGCGUACGACAUCCACGAGCCGCAAGCCCGGUACGGUGGGUUGAUAGGCCUAGCCGCCAUCUCGAUCGCCCUGGGCCCGAACGAGCUCCCCCAGUACCUCAACAGCAUCAUCCACCCUGUGAUCGCCUGCUUCGGCGACAACGACCCAAACGUCCGCUACUACGCCUGCGAAGCACUGUACAACAUCGCCAAGGUCGCCAAGGGCGAGAUCCUCAUCUAUUUCAACGAGAUCUUUGACAUCUUGUGCAAAUUGGUGGCCGACGUGGAGAACAGCGUCAAGAACGGCGCAGACAUCCUUGACCGCUUGAUCAAGGACAUUGUCUGCGACAAGUCGACGAACUACAUAUCUGUGCUCAACCUCGGCAAGCUCAAAGCCAAGGACCCGACUGUCCAAGACAAGAGCGGCAACAACCUCCAGUACUAUGACGUCCAGUCCACCAAGGCCUUCUCGCUAUCCAAGUUCAUCCCCCUCUUGAAGGAGCGCAUCUACGCCACCAACACGUACACGAGGCUGUUCAUCGUCAGCUGGUUGAUCUUGCUCGACUCCAUCCCAGACCUCGAGUUGAUCUCCUAUUUGCCGUCCUUCCUCGACCCGCUGAUCUCGUACCUCAAAUCCCCCUUGAAGGACGUCAGAAUCAUUACAGAAAACUUCCUCAAGUUGCUCUUGCAGGAGAUCAAGAAGAUCCACGAAAUCAAAACUCUUGCAAAAGAAAAGAGACUUGAGAACGAACCCGACAGCUCUAACUCCGAUGAGGGUAUAUACCUUCCCGGCCAGAACACCAUCAUUGACUACCCGAAGAUUAUUGACAUCUUGGUCAACAACUUGGAGUCAAACGAAGACUUGAUCAAGCUCAUUUCCCUCGAUUGGCUCAUAAACCUUUUAACCAUCUCUCCAGAAUCCUUCAUCCUUCUCAUCCCUAAAUUGUUAGUCAUUCUUUUAAACAUCAUCUCCGAUAACAACCCCCAUCUUCAGGAAAUGUCCCUGCAGUUAAACUCCAGCCUGAUAAACCUCGUCUCCACCAACCAGUAUGAAACGAAUUAUACCUUACUCAUAAACAACCUCUCAAUGGAGCUCCUCACUAACCAGAACCAGAAUAAGGGAACACAAAAGAACAAUAAAAAAACUUCGAGAAACAGUACCAAUAUUUUGACGAGACUCAACUCUUUGGAUUGGUUGAUCAUGCUACAGCAGAAAGAUCCAGUAAGAUUCAUGGAAUUCACAGACAACAUCUUUAUAACUCUUUUGAAAACCUUGAACUGCUCUAACGAGAAAAUUAUUAACAAGGUUUUGGACUUGUUGUCAAGGAUAUCUAAUCAAUCGGACGAUAAAUAUUUCAACAACUUCAUGAUUGACCUUUUGGACCUAUUCAAAAAGGACUCUAAAUUGUUGGACUCCAAGUCCGAUUUCAUAAUAAAGAAAAUAUGUAAAUCCUUGGAUUCGGAGAGAGUGUACAAAUCGUUAUCGCAAGUGUUACUGGACAAGUUCUCCAACAACGAGGAGGACUUAAAGUUUAUAUCAAUAAUGAUCCAGAUCUUGAACAAUAACUUGAUAAUUGCCCCUGAGCUGAACGGACUAAGGAAAAAAUUAAUUAACAACUUAAAUACCAAGGAACCUAUUGAUCUUUUUGAAAGUUUAUUCAAAUGCUGGUCCCUAAAUUCUCCCUCGUUAUUGUGUUUGACACUACUUACCUCAAAUUAUGAGCUCAGUUAUCGUAUAAUCAACCAGAUGGUCAAAUAUGAAAUAAGCAUCAACAUAUUGGUGCAAUUGGACUUGUUAAUCCAGCUCCUUGAGAGUCCUAUUUUUGCCAAAUUGAGACUAGACUUAUUGGACCCCAUCACAAACAUUAACCUUUUCAAAUGUUUAUAUGGGUUGUUAAUGCUUUUACCACAAUCAAACUCGUUUAAAAUCCUACAGAACAGGCUUCAUGCGAUAUCGUCAAUUACCAAUCUACCGUUGAACAAGGAUACGGACACUUCGAACAUUAAAACAAAACCUGAAACUAUCAUUAACGGUAUAGACGAAAAUUAUAACAUAAAAUUACUAGACUAUUUCAAUGAAUGUCAAGAAAGAUUGGAGAAUCUAAAAUUAUCGGAUAGUAAAGAUGGCGCUAAUGAUGAUGAUGACGAGGAGAAUGACAAUGGUAAAGACCGCACAUAUGACUCAGUCAUUGAGAUGAAAAAUCCAAAGACAGAUACAGACCACACAAAUGAAGCUGGUCUUGAAGGCACUGUAACUGGCAAGGAUGUAAACAAGGGAAAAUACCCAAGUGAAAACUAUCUGGAUAUGUUUCAGGGUGACCAUCCCCUAGAAACCAGCUCGAUCUUCAAUCAGCCAAACCUUUGA